AGGAGGUGCGGAUCCGGAAGCAGGAAGUCGUCUGUGCUCCCAGGACCAGGGACCUGCCCGGCCGGGAAGCUCCAAGGUGGCACCCAGGACUGUCCGGCUGAGAUGGCUUUGUCAAGGGCGGGCCUGGAGCAGGAGCUGAGCGCCACAGGCCAGCAAGUGCUGGGGAAGCUGAGGAGCCACCAGCUGUUCCAGUCCCAGUGGGACACCGGGGCCUUUGUCAUCUUCCUCAUCUUCCUCGGCGUCGUGCUGCUUCUGCUGCUGCUCGUCUUCAUCCACUGCUGCUGCUGUAGCUGCUGUGACCGCCACUCCUCCAGGCCCCAGAAGGAACACUCCUGGGGGGUUGAUAACUUGGCCCUGGAACCUUAGCCGGAGAGCCCUGCCCCUCGUCUUUGUCUGCCGGACAGCAAGAACCAUGCCUCGUUCAGCCAAAGCCGGAGUCUGGAGCGGGUUCUGAGCCUCUUGUGUGUGGGGGGGGGACGGACGGACAGGGCAGCCCCCCCCGCCCCCUUCUUCUAGAUGCCCCCAGGUCUCUCAGCCUUCAGCUGGAAUGACUGUCCCCAGGAGACCUUAGGUGACCUGCUGUAGCCACUCAGUGACUGUCCGUGACCAUCCCACUUGGCCCCUUGGCACCUGGGAGGCCAGGGGCUCAGUCCGCAGUCCCUGGGUACUCUGCCAGCUCCUGGCCAUCACGAAGCCCUGGCCAGGUCCCCACUCAGACAGACACGAGGGCUCCAGGCAAAGUCAGAUGAUCUUUAUUCCUCAGAGGCCCCAGCAGGGUCAUGGAGUGAACACAGAUAAGGGCAUCACAGCUCAUGGUGGGCGCCUUCUGUCCCCCUCUCCUGACGCAGAGCCUAGGGCCACCACCCAUGCCACGCCCUCCAGGGGCGGGGAGUGUGUGGCUCCCCUCAACGUCCUCAGCUGCCCCAGGGAGGGGAGGGAGGGAGGAGGGCCAGCCCCACCCUGAGUCCAAAGGUUCCAGCCUUCUGCGGAGGGCAGGGCUGGGACUUUGGCCACCUCACAGCCCCGCCUUCCUGACCCCGCCCCCCCCAUUCCAAAACAAACCGCAAGCCACUGUCCCUUCGUCCCAGAGUUCGGGUCCAUCCGUGCAGACGUGACAGGCAGGACAGGGUGAAGAGGGAAAUAAAUAGCCCGUGGUGCACA